AAGAAUUUCGGACUCGCUAGCAAACGAAUCGCAGCCUUAAUCCCGGCCAGAAAUGUCACUAGUGCCCACCACAUAUCGCGAUCUAUCGCGCGAAUUAGACCGUCCCCGUCCACUCUACCAGCCACCGUACGACUUCCAGCUGUAUCCCUAUCUGUGGGACGAUCCACGGGUCUGGUGGCCAGCCAGUCACAGCAGCCGGAGUGACCUUCUCCGGCCCCUGGAUGAGCUAGUGUCGCGGCGGGUGCGCAACCAGUUGAUCCAGUCGACGCCCUACGAGUGGUCUCAUCCCAUGCGGUGGGACAAUUACUACUCCGGCGAGCGAGUGCAUGUGGACGAGAAGGGUUUCCGGAUUGACAUCGAUGUGCGGCAGUUCCAUCCCCACGAAAUCGUGGUGAAGACCAACGAUGACUACAUCAUUGUCCAGGGCAAUCACAAUAGAAGGAACGAGGGCUCCAAUGGUAUGGUGGAGCGGCACUUUGUGCGCAAGUAUCUCCUGCCACGCGGCUACAAUGCCAAUGAGGUGAUCUCGGACAUAUCCAGUGAUGGAAUCCUUACUAUUAAGGCACCGCCACCACCACCGGCCAAGUACUUCCCCGGGGAACGCCUGGUCCGUGUCCAUGAGACCGGUAAGCUGGCCCUGCCCUGGAAGUAGAUCGUUGGAUCGAUCCCCGCAAGAAACGGCGUCCCAAGGUUAACUAUUUUCGGACAGCAGCCGAACAUUUGAAUUGGAUUCAAACAUAAAUAAAAAUACAAAAUGUACGAGUACGAGUGUAGGUAAAAUAUAGUAUAAAAUGCGCAAUAAAUAUUUGGUAUAAACAGGG